AUCAUUUAACACUAGUAGAAUAUUGAAUGCUAAAUAUGUGAAUACAACAUUCUGAUUGUUGAAAUCCAGAAAAGGCCAAAAAUUGAAUAGGCAGAGAAAUAAUAAGAUUUUCUCCAUUCUUCCCUCCCUUCUCUUCUGAUACGUUUCUUUAUUGUUCAUUCACUCUAUAGUAGUUUUAUUCACUCUUUUUCUUGAUGGGGUUGGUCAAUUCAAAACCCUUGUUAUCCCCUGGAAUGCCAUUUUCUUCUUCUUCUUGAGAUUUGACCAAUCUUGAUUUGUCAGAAAUUUGGAAACGUUAUUAGUUUUGGGGGAGUUUUUAGGUUUUUUUUUUUUUUUUUCACUUUUUCAAAUACAAUUUACCAAGAUUUUGAAAUGUGUUCAAUUGGAUAGUUUUAUGAUAACCCCUUUUGAUUUCUUGGAUUAAAGAUUAGAACUUUGUUCGAAUUUCUUGUCUUGCUUGGUUGUUGUUAUUUUUAGGUUGUGAAUAUAGUUUGGCCAAUUUUGAUAAGGGAGGAUGAAUAGUGUUUUGAAUGAGCAGAUACUUGCAGACAAGCUUUCCAAGCUCAAUGGCAGUCAACAGUGCAUUGAAACAUUGUCCCAUUGGUGCAUCUUCCACCAAGAUAAAGCAGAGAUGGUUGUUACAUCAUGGAGUAAACAGUUCCAUAGUUCCGAAAUGGCUCAGAAAGUCCCUCUACUGUACCUUGCAAAUGACAUCCUGCAAAACAGCAAACGUAAAGGAAAUGAGUUUGUCACCGAGUUUUGGAAGGUUCUUCCUUCAGCACUCAAGGAAAUUGUCGGAAAAGACGAUGCCCUUGGAAACAAAGUAGUUUCCAGAUUGGUUAAUAUAUGGGAAGAAAGGAGGGUUUUUGGAUCUCGAGCGCAGAACCUGAAAGAUAUAAUGCUGGGAGAAGAGCUGCCACCACCAUUAGAGUUUGGAAGAAAGCGAAGUCGUUCUGUCAGAAUAGUUAAAAGGGACACGCGGUCCAUAAAAACGAAAUUGACCGUUGGAGGAACAGCUGAAAAAAUAGUGUCAGCAUUUCACUUGGUAGUCAGCGAGCGUACUACUGAAGAUGAAGAAAUGAGCAAAUGCAAGUCUUCUGUUCACCAUGUGCGAAAGAUGGAAAAAGAUGUCGACAUGGCCCUUGCAAGAGCAAAAUAUCCAAAGAGAAAAACCUUGUCCAAAGAAUUGGAGGAGGAAGAAAGUAUUUUGAAACAGUGUAUUGAGAAACUUAAAGUUGUGGAGGCAAAUAGAUUGGCUCUUGUAUCACAGUUAAGAGAAGCACUAAGUGAACAGGAAUCUGAACUAGAGAGCAUUAGGACUCAGAUACAGGUGGCAGAAGCACAGGCAGGGGAAGCCAGCAACAUGCGAAAGCUUCUGGAUGAUGAAGAUUAUGUGGGACAAAGAAAGCCUCCAGCUACAGCAUCUACAUCAAAUGACACCUGUGCAACAGCAGGACAAACAAGCAAGAAGACAGCUGCAGCAAUUGCAGCUGAGGUAGCUGACAAGCUUACAGCUUCAAGCUCCUCUCAGUAUAUCAUGUCAUCGGUCCUCUCUACAUUUGCUGCUGAGGCGGCAAAAUCUGCUGGGCUGUCAAGACCUUCAUCGUAUCCAGCCACCAACAAUUUUAUAUCACAACAAGAAAAGCCUCUAUCAGAUUCAAAUGCUUUAAUGCCAGAACAGCUAUUUAAUCCUCCCCCAAGUAACCUUUAUCAGUCAACGCUGGUUCCUCAUCCCACAGUGCAUGGUCAAAUGCCAAAUGCUCUGGGUCAAUAUCAUUCACUUCCUAAUCCAACAUCCCAGCAGUAUUUGCAACAAUCAGCUGGAAUGGUGAGCCCUUAUGGUUAUGGGAGUAUUCCUGCCCUGCCAUCUGUACCACCUCCACCAGCACCUCCUUCGUAUAUGACUACAAUGGUGUCUUUAACACAGCAACCAUUGUCGAUGAUGCAGCAGCAGGCUGUAGCACAACAGCAACAAGUACCACCAUUACCUCAACAACCUCCUCCUCCUAGUUUCCGUCCUUUGACACCUAUCCAGCCUCCCCAGCCUCCUGGAGGAAUGGUGUACUAUUCUCAACCACAUCAUUCACAAUGAUGAGUGAGUACUCUUUUCAGACUGUUACUUCUUUUAAAAAUGAUAUCAGAAACAACAAAUAUCUAGAUGUGAACAAGAAGGAGGUUGUUGGAUGAAUCAUGAAGAAUCCAACUGACUGUGUAGUGUUAUAUACAAGGCAAGAGCGGCUGAUAGAGCAGGUAAUAGAUUAUCAUCAGUGCUUAUUUAACCAUCUUCAAGACUCUUUAGAAAUCUCUGUAUUGAUCAGUGUCUACAGCCGGUGUUGUCAUUGUUGUUCCUUGGGGUUUCUUUUUCCGUUUUUCUUUUCAUCAUACAUGUAACAUUAGCAUGAUGGCAGGGCUGCUGAGAAUUUGUAUUAGUAGUUACAAACAGGAUAGCAGGAGCUUUAGUUUCACCGGGCUGCCCAGUUAUAAACAGGAUAAAAGAACUAGGUUUUUCUUCUCACAUAAAUUUGGUAAAUGAAGUAGCCAGCUUUUUCUCA